AUGGAUAAAAUCUACAAGAAGUAUAAAAAAAGCGGUACAUACUACCGAAAGUUAAGAAAAACUCGUGAGCAGUACGAAAAUGCUUUGAAAAAAUUGUUUUCUAAAAGUUCGCCGGAGCUAUUGCGUCAUUCGACGGAGCUGAAUGAAGUAGAUUGUGGUAUUGAAAUACCUAACAGGAAGGACACUACAGAUAAUAAUGAUGCAACUAAUGAUCUCCCGCCAAACGUAUCCGGAAAAGAUGAAAUCCAUGUGUUAAGAGAGGCAUCUAGCAUUUUGUCUCAAGAUCCUACUAAAUUCGAAGGAAAAAGUGACUCGGAAGAAGCACUUCGUGCGUGGGCGCUGCAACAUAAUAUAACACAUGUAGCAUUAAAAGAUUUGCUGCUAUUGAUCAAAAUUCAAUAUAACGACAUAAACCUACCGUCUGACCCCAGAACUCUACUGGAGACUCCACAAAACACCGGAAAAUUGUGUUUACCGAUAGAUGGCGGCAAGUAUUGGCACAAUGGUGUUAAAGAUUGUUUAAGGAAAUGGUUUGGAAACCUAUCUGAGGAUAUUAGUAUUAGUAUUAACAUUAAUAUCGACGGUCUUCCAAUUCACAAAAGCUCUAAGCACCAACUCUGGCCUAUUUUGUGUAAUGUGCAUGAGUUUUCCAACCUACCAGCAUUGCCCGUUGGAAUAUUCAUCGGAAAGAGUAAACCUGCAGAUGUGAACGGUUUUCUUACACCUUUCGUUGAUGAAAUAAUUCCUAUCCUCAAGGAUGGAUUUGUUUUAAAUCAACACACCAUAACACUCAAGAUUAGGUGUUUCAUAUGUGAUUCGCCUGCACGGGCUUUUGUAAAAGGGGUCGCCAAUUUUAACGCAAAGAAUGGAUGCCUUAAAUGUACCAUCAACGGUGAAUAUUCGCAUAUUUCGCGAACAGUGGUGUUCCCAUCUCUUCACUGUUCUUUAAGGACCGAUGAACUAUUUCGACAAAAAGCAUACGGAAACCACCACUCUAGUCAAGAUACACCUUUACUCAGGAUACCAGGCCUUGAUAUGAUUCAGGAUUUUGUGGUUGCCGAUCCACUUCACCUUCUGGAGUUGGGAGUGAUGAAACCAGAUAGGGAUGCCACCGGGCUGGAUGAAACGCCUAUUGACUGGAUGGAGGGAUGGUAA